GAUGCAACAAGGAAGAGAAGACGGCUCCUGGAAUUGUCCCUUGAUGAGCACAUUGUCCUUUUAUACCCAAAGGCUGCAUUCGUUCUCCUCCGAUGUAAGAAGUAUUUCAAUGGCGGGAGAUGGAGAUUGCUCCUGUAGCACUCAGGAUGGGUGACUGCUUGCAUCACAGAGGAGGUGCUUGGCUUAAAAGUAUUACAAGAGUGAGCACUAGCCUGCCACAGGAAAGGGGAAUGGGGACUCCAUGCAGAGGGAACAGAAUGACAUGUUUGGGGGAACCGCAAGAACCUCACUGUGGCUAGAGCACAGGAUCGCAGUAUAUAGGAGCUAAAGCUGAGGUCAGAAAAGUGGACAGAGAAUAGUUGAUGAAAGGUCCUAUAUUCAGUUUGUUCUCUUAUCCGAGGGAAACCAGGGAGCAGUUAAAGAUUUAUAAAUGGAGGAAUAGCAAGAUCUGAUCCAUUUUCUGGAAAUUUGGGUCUGGUUACAAUACAGAAGGGGGAUUGGAGGGAAGAGAGCCAGUUUGGAUGGUGGGGUUUUCGUUUAUCUAGGAGAUCUAAAGUCCUGAGCUAAGGCAAUGACUGAAGAAGGAGAGGAGUGGGCAGAUCCUGAAGAGACUUUGCAAACUAAUCCUCAGGAGUUAAUGACUGGCUGGAUAUGUAGGAUAGGGGACAGGGCCAUGCCUAGGAUGAUUCUCAGUUUUCUUUUUUUUUUUUUAAUCUCUUUUCCCCGGCUUUAUUGAGAUAUAAUUGGCAUAUAACAUUUUGUAAGUUUAAGGUGUACAAUGUGAAGAUUUGUCAAAUUUUUUUCUUAGGUGGCAUUAAACAAGAUAGAAACUACAGAUGGAGGAGAGGAUUCUGGGGGAAGAAGUCAGAGGAAAUGCAAGGGCGGAAAGUACAAUUUGGGACAGGUUGAAUUUUGUUGCCGGUUGGAAAUAGCCAAUCUAUUUGUGUGUUUAUUCCUCCAUCUUAUUCCCAAAAGAUUUAAAUCAUUAAAAGUUCCAAUAGGUAGCAGUCAGAGGGUCAGGGCUAACAGUUAAAGAUGGUAGACGUGGGUAAGAUUGCCCAAGUGAGAAGAAAGGAGUACCAAAAGGCAGAACACUGUUAAGAAUAGAAUAGACAGGCUGGUCACCAAAUGAGAGCAGUGGUAUUCUGAAAGCUGAGAGAAGAAAAUUACAAGAAUGUCUCAUGACCCAAAGAAGUUGAACAAGAUCCAAGAGGUGUUCAUUGGACUGACAAUUAGGAAAUGGAAGCAGUGGCAACCGUGCUUAAACUGGUGCUUCUUAGAGCUGAACCAAAGACCAUAAUUCAAAUGGGAAGCUUUGUCUACCAUACUCUCUUUAUUGAUGGAAUCACUUACCUAUGUGCCUCAGACAAUGCCUUAGAUACUGUAACACCAUCUGCAUUACUUAAAAAUGUUAGUGAGACUUUUCUGAGAAAUCCUUUGAUGUCACAAGAACAUUUUUCUCCAUCAAAUGCAGUUGCUACAGAUUUUCAACAAGUAUUAGGAAAGUAUAUGAUGAAAUACAAUAAAAAUCAAGAGGACAGCUCGAUAUCCGCACUGAAGAGUCAAGUAACUGAUGUAAAAAAUGUUAUGACCCAAAAUAUCGAUAAAAUUUUGGAAAGAGAAGAAAGAUUGAAUAUCUUCACUGAUAGAACAGAUGAUCUGCAAACAACUGCCAAAGAAUCCCCCAAAAAAAGAAAGAUUCUUGGGAGGAUAUGGUGGAAACACUUCAAAAAGAUUAUAGUCAUCACCAUGGCCAUUCUCCUUUCAAUAAUCAUCAUUCUUUUAAGUACAAAUGUAAUACCAGCUUGACCCUUCUCCCCAUCCCCAGCAGGUACCAAUAAAUUGUUAUAUGUAAUUAUAGAGUUCUACAACCAACAAUUACAAAAGCCUUCUCUAGUGGUAGGAGGAAUGGAGGAAAAGGGGGUUGGAAGUAUUUCCUUGUCCCUUUAGUGUUCCUUGACUCUUGUCUUUGUACCUCUCCCAUUUAUGUAAACCCAUUUGUUUUUUUUUUUUUUUUUACCACUGCUCCACUACUCUUCUCUUUGUUAAUAUUACAAGCACAUACCCUGAAAUCAGAGUGCCAAGCUUCAACUCUCCACUCUGCCACAUACCAUAUAGAUGACUUUGGACAAGUUGGUUAACCUUUGACCCUGUUUCCUCAUCUUUAAAAUGGAGCUAAUAAUAAUAAUAUCGUAUAGAGUUGUUGUCUACCACAUAGAAAAUGCUAUUUAAGUGUUAACUAUUACUUAAUAGGAAAGAUGAUUGCAUUUAUGGCAUUGAUUAAAUCCCCAUCAUCUUACUCCUUACUCAGAAAUGACCUUAAAAUUCCCUUAGAAACAAGAAUCCUUACAUGAGUACAGUCCAGAUACACAUUCACCUCUUCUACAUACUUUCAUUUGAAAUGAAAAUUCAAACCAUUGUUUUAUACUAGGCAUUUCUUUGGGUAAAGAUUAAAAAAUUAGGAAACUUUAUCAUUUCUCUAAUAAAUCACAGGUCAUGUCUUCUAUUUUACCCCCCUAACAGGUUUUUUCUUUCUUUUUAACUGAUACACUUCAUCCAAUAACCUUGACUCAUUAAGAUUUCUAAAACCCAAAACGUUCAACUUCACUUCGCAGUUGGUUACAAGGUUUCAUGAAUUCUAUUUCCUAAGUGGGAUGUUGAGGUCUAAAGUAGGUUUUAAAAAUCAUAAAAAUCAGAGUGAUCCAUGGGGAAGAAUAAAAAGAUUAGAACAGGGGUUCCUGACUACUAGAGAACUCAUUUUAAUUCUGAUAAUGAUCAAAUA